AUGUUUUGGGCCGACUCCGAUACAACAGACAAAACAGGAAAGAGUGCAACAUCCGACAUCAGAAACCCACAGCGACAUCAUUUUUCUGCUAGCAAGAACUACUUAGACCUUCUCACUCCGAAUAACUUCAUCGAACCCGGUGUCAUUAAGGAAAUGGACGAAAAAAUCAAACAACAUGAACAAGCGUAUCGUGUGAGGGGAAGGCGUGACCGGUGUGCUGAUUCACACAAGGCAGCUGAUGACAAGAGGAACAAGUCUACCUGGAAAGCGUGUGAUGACACCGGACUAAUGGGAUGUUGUUGCAGACACGACUCGGCAGUAUAUCUGGCAAAUAUAUCUGAUGGGGGAGAAAAUUGCAAGUAUCCAUUAGCAAUACUGAACGAGGUGUUGAAAAAUGUUGAUUCCAGUAAGGAAAUUCGUGUUCUCUAUGAUAUCGGCUGUAAUCUUCAAAAGUUCAUAAACCUGCGGCACCUGUUCCCUGAAGACCAACACAGGCUUCAUUUUGGGACCUCUGUUUUCCAUUCUCCAUUGCGGUAUGCUACAAGGAAUCAUCGACUUGCCGCACUUGCACACAAGGUUCGCUUUCACAACAAAAGAGGAAUAGAUAGCUUGAGUAGUGUAGCUGUGGAACGUCAUAAAUCUGGGACUGAAAAGCUUGACACAUUGUACCGCCAGCCAAAUCCCUUUGCCAAUCCAUGCACAUGCUACAGCCUUUCCUUCUUUCAAGAACAAUGGGCCAGUCAACGUCAUUUUCAAACAACCCAUACUGAAGCAGAUCACGAGAAGCAAGAACAGCUAGCUGCGUUUUUAGAUCAGGAAGCCAGCUUGAACCGACUUAGAGCUCAAUUGAACGAGAUGGUCUCAAGCAAUAUCGGGACUUACGAUAAUAUCAUUCAAUCCCUCUUGGACAUUGCCUCGGGUGUUGAGCAACAAGGCAAUGUUGCAAGGGCAUUGCCUGCCGAGCACAACAUUUUAGUCGGCCAGGAUGGGUUGCUUACCAAGUUCUCACUUUUAGUCCCCAGGAGAAGACUGCAACUGCUACUGUGGCAUUCUAAAUCGGAAUUAUAUGCUCAUGCUGUUGAGUUAUUUGCGGAACGGCAACCCUUGUACAGAGGCACUCAUAUUGGAACUACUCUAAGCACACGAAUAAUGGCCGCAGUGGAACGGCGUAAGCAACCCAUCGAGACGACUAUAAAGAAAUACAAUGAAUAUCGGGCCAAAUUCCAGGCACUUUUGGCUCCGGAUGAGCAUCAAGAUUUGGAUCCCCAAGACCUAACCUAUCGGAAGUUUGUGAACAUGUCUUUGGAUGAUGCAUUUUGGCAGGACGUAUAUCUCUAUAACUCUCGGGAACCUUGGGCUUGCAACUCCGAUGUACGGGCCGGCAUUCAAGCUAUGCUUGCAACACAGAGGGCAGAUGAGGAGAUGUCAUUCAUACAAAACGAGUUAUCUUCUGCACUUUCGUGGGCAGUAAAUAUUUAUAACUCUAUCACGGGCAAGAUUAGAGAGAUCGAUCGGCUGGUUACAGAAUUGUCAGAAUCCGACGAAGAUGAGAUCGACGAUGAGAUGGAAAGUCGGUGGGGUGACUUGCUCCCCUCAAUCAGCUUGGGCGAUUGCGAGGAUGACGUGAAGGCCCAACUGGUGUUGAAUGUGCUGAACGAUCAACUGGUCAAACACAAGGAUAUCAUGCUUGGUUGGGCUCCUGAUGUGCGGUCCUUGUGGAACAUGUUACACGGCGAGAUUCCUCAAAGGCACGAGUGGUUCGAGCUGAUAACGACCUUGGCUUCCCAGGACAAUGCUACACCACCACUAACAGCUCAAACAGAUGAACAGAUUGGCCCCAAUGAAGAGGGUGAUGAGGUGACUGCAAGCGAGCUGUUUAUAGGUAUGAUGGAUCUAAACGAGGACUUGCAUGUGGCUAACUAA